AUGGACGAAAACACGGCCACGCAGAAAUACCCAACCUACCCUACUGUACUUAGUAUCUGCAUCUUUUGGAGGCUGAAGAAGCGAGUGGGCCAAUGCACAUGCAAGACGAGGCAGAGCCGACGUGUGAGGAUUGAUUGGCCCUGUGAGGGCUUCCCUUUGUGGGCUCCAGUCCCAGGGCCAGACCAUGACAGCCUUGGCCCCCACCGGCGAGGCCUGGGUCCGGGGACUGGUGAGACGCUGACGGGUCUCCUGGGAGAGGGCGUGCGAGUUUUGGAAAUGGGGUUGGUCUUCUCAAUUGCGCUCAGACCUUUUGAGGCUCUGCGAUUUGCUGUCCACGCCGAGCGGAUAACACGUUAG